AUGAGUUCUCCGAUGUCAGUAAGUAGUGCUAGCUCUUCGACGGCACCAGGUAUGGAAACGGUGGUAGCUGUUGCACUAGGUGCAUUAGCAGCAGUAUUUCUCGGUGCUUUAUUUGUUUUACUGGUUAUAUGUCGCCGUCAACGUUGUUACUAUAAACAGAAAGACGCAGAUUUGAACUCUGACUUGUUGGAGGUCGACAAUGGAUCUCCACCUUGUAUUGCUGUAUUACGGUCAUGUCAUUCACUUGCUGCGAGUCUUACAGCUAUUGCUGGUACUGUUAACAGCAAUACUGUGCCCUUAGAAAUUGUCGAUGUUGCAAGAAGAAUACCACCGCGAGUCGACGACGUUGUUCGGAGUUUGUAUCCCCCAUUAGACGCCAGACUCCUAGAAGCACGCGUCGCAGCUCUGGUACUUGCAGUAACUCAUCUUGCUCUAGUUACCAAACACGGUGUACCUAAAAACCAAGCCAGAAAAUUAGCAUUCAUUGAUCAAGCUUUACAAGAUAUGGAUACUCAUCUUCUGGUUCUGAGAAAUGCUGCACUAGCUCAAGAGAGCACUAGUUCCAUUCCAGUGUCUACACCCGUUUGA